AUGGUAGAGUUGUGCACGGAUGGUAGCAGGCCACAUGACUCUCAUGAGAUUGGUGGGGGAGGAGUGUUGAGGGAUAGAGAUGGCAGGUGGCUGACGGGGUUUGCAGCGUUCUGGGGGGUUGGGGAUGUGCUCAUGUCGGAGUUACGUGCCCUCCAUGAGGGAUUGAAGCUCGUUUGGGAUCUUGGGUAUCGUAGGGUGGUUUGUCGAUCGGAUUGCAUGGAGCUAGUUGGCUUGGUGACGGGCGUGCAGGAGGUUGACCAGUAUUGGCAACGAGAUUUGAUCCAGCAAGUUCGUGAGCUUAUUCGUGGUAAUUGA